AUGUCUUCACAGCAUUCAAGGCAAUAUGCUAACACUGAUAACAGAGAUUCGAAACCAUUUGGUAGACCUAGAGGAGUUGAUGAUUAUCCUACUGGAGAAAGAAAGUUCUCACAAUCAACUUAAAAGCAUGGUACUAUUGGAGCUGGUCCUAGGGGCCCUCCAUAGUGCUUUAAUUGUUCUGAAGAAGGUCAUAUGUCCCGUGAGUGUCCUAACAAGGGUGAAAAACUCUAAAAGAAGUAUGAGAAAAAUUUAGAUAAUAAAAAUAGCUAUAACGAUGAUCCUGUCCAAGAAAAGAGGAGAGAGAGUGCAAUUGGAUGGGCAGCAGAUGAUGGAUGGAAUGAUGAUAAAGACUCUAGCAAGAAAUCAAAUGGCUUGCUGAAUUAGCACGAUUAGAGUACUACAAACACUAUAAAUAUAAUUAGUGCCUAAAAUGGCUGGGGUUAGGAAUCACCAGAGAAAACAAAAUAGACUUCAUCAGGAUGGGAAGAUGGGACUGAUGAUAAACCUUGGGGAGGAUUAUCAGUAUUUAGAGAAUCAAGAGAUAGUCCACCAAGAUCCCGAUUUUCAUAGGAUAAUAGAGAUGGAAAUAGAGGAAGAGGUAUUGGAUAAGGAGGAGGUGGUGAUAGAGCUUGCUUCAGGUGUAAUGAGCACGGCCAUAUGGCAAGAGAAUGUCCGAAUCCUGAUACAAGACCUUAAAAUGGUGGGGGAAGAGGAAGAGGUGGUUUCCGUGGAGGUAUGUAAGGAGGAAAUUAAAAUUCAGGCUAAAGUCAAGGCAAAAGCUGCUUUAAAUGCGGUUAAACAGGACAUUUCUCAAGAGAAUGUCCUAAUUAACCUAUGAGAAGAGAAGGUGGAGAUUUUCGAUUAAAUAACAGAGAUAAUGGUAAUGGGGAGCGUCCUAGGUUUAACAGAGAUAAUUAAAAUAGUUCUGGUAAUACAUGCUUUAAAUGCCAGUAAUCAGGCCAUUUUGCAAGGGAAUGUCCCAAUGAAGAAAGUGGUGAAAGGUAAUACAAAAGAUAAAGAAGAGACGAUGGUGGUGGUUCGAUUAGAAGAGAUUAUAAUCGUAAUGAUUAAAUAGGAGGCGGCAAUAAUAGUCGUCCAGGUGGAAAUAGAGAUUAUAAUUAAAGUAGAAGAGAAGGUGGUGAUUAACCUUCUGGAUGGGGUGGAGAAGGAGGCUGGGAAAAUUAAGGAGAUUUAGGAUUUAAGAAUAGUAGGCAUCGAGAUGAUGAUAAUGAAAGCGAUAAUGGCUGGAGUAAGUGUAAGAAUUAUAAUGCUAAUGAUUAUUAGAGAAAUGAUAGGUUAAUUUACCCAAGAUGGGGUAAUCCAGAUGACAAUAAUGAUGGAAGUUGGUGA